AGAAUCUUUCACUGAAACUCAUAAACCCACCCACCCUUAUCCCAUCCUCUCCAUCCUUAUCUUUCACUUGUCACUCUUUUCCGAAAAAUCCCAUCUUCCAUUUCACCAGGUACUUCACAAAAACCAUAAGAAAAACAAGGAGGACUGGUUUUUUUCGUUUAUCACAACAUGAAGAAAACUAGUCCAGAUAUUACUCGGAACGGAAGAAUACUACUGCAGCAAGUUCCUGCAGUAGCAUCAGGAGGUUUACAAGGCUCUGACUUAUCACCAGACCCCAUUUUCGAACCCAUAAACGGCUCUCCUUCAGAAGCAACAAGUGUUAAAAGAAAUCCCAGGCACCCCAGUACACCGUUCGACUCAUCAAUGGCCUUAACAAUCUUAGUCCUCCUAACAGCGCUCUUCUUCAUGGGCUUCUUCUCAAUCUACAUCCGCCGUUUUGCUGAAGAAGACUCCACCGACAUCAGCCGCCGCCGGAGACACCCUCCGCGGUUGCGUGAUGGCCAUAAUCAGAAGAACGGUGGUGUGGAUCCUGCCACCGUCAAGUCAUUGCCACUUGUUUCUUACCGUGGGGGCACGAAGCAGCUGAUCACGGAUUGUCCAAUCUGCUUGAGUGAAUUCGAGGAGACGGAAAUUGUUAAAUUAAUCCCGCAUUGUGCGCACGUGUUCCACCCCGAGUGCAUCGACACGUGGCUGGCUUCACACUUGUCAUGUCCACUGUGCAGGUCGACUCAGUUACUUAAGGUGGUCGAUGAUCAUCAGGAGGUUCGAUUGGAUGUGGAGGAGGAAGAGAACGGUAAUGGCGGGGGUGAGCUGGGUGGAAGAUCAGCGGUUGAUGAUUGUGACACGUGUAGUAAUCCUGGAAUGAGAAGGGUCUGUAGUUGCACGAGCGUGGGAGAUCGACUUGUUUUGCACAGAAGCAUGAGUUUUUGAUGAUGAUGAUGUAAAAGGUAGAUAUUAUAGAUAGACACAUCGGAAAGGAGGAAAUAGAGAAAAAGGAGGGCUUUUCUUUUGCCCUCCUUUUUUGGUU